AGUGAAAAAGGUCAUUGACAACUCAGCUUACCCAAGACACUUGCUACUUAUCAAUCCACUGCUGUAUGGCUGCUAGAAACUUCUACGCUUCAGAAAGGCGCUCCUCCCCGUUUAUAACCCAUGUCUGUCUACAUUUCCCUAGCAGCAGGCUAUCGCUAUCCCCAUAAGCAGAAAAAAUCCAUAUGAAGAUGCGGAUUCUGGCGUGGAGCGGCGGGCGCCUCUGGGACGAUAUGAAUUUUCUUCCUGCCUACAAGUGAUUAGCCGAAUUGGAAUUACAACUUAGCAGGUUCUUUUUCCACCACGCUGACCAGGCACCCCGGGCAAGAUGGGUUGCUGUUCGUCCGCCAUGCUUGGGGGCAAGGACGCCCUCAGUCUGCCGAAACGAACCAACAGCAUGUACAUGUACGACGAAAACUACGAAAAGCGGGACCAGGGUUCGUACACGCCGGCCAAUUUUGACCCGAACAAAGCCAACAAUUUAACCAAGAAAAAGGACAAAAUUCUCAUCUCCUGCGAAAAGUCCGCGCUCGUGCACGUAUAAUUUGCGGGUUUUUUUGUUGAAAAAAAAUCAUCCGACCUCUAAUCAUGAGUUAUUACAUCGAAGUAAUAGUUGUACAGCCAUCCUAGCAUUGCGUGGGAAGAAAUGUGUGAAGAUUUUUUGCAAUGAAAAUUUUUCUUCGCCCAGAAGUACAACGACACACGCGAUCCGAGUGAGACUUUUAAAAACGUACCAUUUCUACUACUGAUUUUACAGGUCCUGAAAACCGGGGUACUGCUGGAAGAAUACCUGAUCCGGAACAACGUCCGCGGGAAGCAAAUCAUAAUUUCCUGCGUCGACGUGUCCGCGAAAGAGCCGAAGGACAGCAAGUACUACGACUACCGAUGGCGCUGCAGCUCCUUCCGGUUCUUCGUCGAAUCAGACGUGAUCGCCUACAUUCCCGUCGUCACGGACCUAUCAAAUGCAAAAAUGUCUGGGUCUGGAAGAAUGCAACUGGUCAUGCUAAAUCUGAAGCAUGCAAAAAUCUGUGUUGCAUGAUUACCACAAGUCGCCCAGUUUUGACCAAGUCGGGGGGGGAGUUUCUCAUGCAGGAUAGGCAUGAGAGAGAUGGCACAGAAUCUGUCAUGCUAGGCCCUGCAUUGCAGACCUCAUGGGUCAUGGAAAAGCUGCAUGACAAAUCGCGCAUGCUUCCAGACCCAGACAUUUUUGCAUUUGAUAGGACCGCUGGCUGAGCAAAAAGGCGACCCACUUCGAGCUCGCCUGGAUAUCCGAGGCGAAGAUGCUCUGGCAGGCGGCGCACCUCGGCCAGGACAGUCACGACGGGGAAGAUUUCGGCGAUUUCGGUUCCAACCUGUUCCCGGUCGCGAUUUUGUCCCUCGCGUUGGACAUCCAGGACGACGAGACGAAGGGACUGCAAAAGAAGACGAAGAAAAACAACAAUAAUAAUCACGACAAUUCGCAAACCAUUUCGAACAAAAACACCAAGGCAUCCGGCGGUCGCACGGUUGGGGACGAUUUGGAGAGGCGGAAGAUCCUCGAGCGGUCCUCGGGCUACAACCACAACCUGCUCGUGUUGUCCUCGAUCACGCAAAAGUGGGUGCGGCAGGACAAAUCGAAGAGACAGCUGGGCGUCGCCGGGUUGAACCAGUUCAAGGAUCCGCGAUUCGUCAUUUCCGGGAAGUUCACGGUGAAGACCAUCGAUCCGUUAGGCCGGGCGGAGAAGCCGGCCGGGAAAAACUCCGAGGAGAACAAAUCGAACGACCCGGACAUGUUCGCGCGGGAAUUGUCGCACCACCUGCUGUUCUCCGCGUUCAAACAGGUCAGGUUAGAAAAGGUCGCGGCCGACGGGGGCGAGUACGAGCGGCAGUCGAUCAAGUACCGGGCGGAAGCGGUGCGGAACGCGCUCGGGAAAAACUGCUCCGUCGACGAGGCGCACAGCGAGCCGGAGGAGGUGCUCACGUCCGCGCGAAGCCGAGGGGUGGUGAACUUCGACCUCGGGGGGGCUGGGGAGGAUGAGAAUGGAGAGAAAAUGAAGCCGGGGUCGUCGAAAAUGCCGAAAAGGUCUGGGUCGCCGAAAAUCCCCAGCAUAAAGAAGAACAACUCGCUGUCAAAAGUCGUCGGCGUCGGGAUCAAUACGCCGAACCACGCGGGAAAAGGGAUUUGCUCCGCGUCCGUGAUCGGCCCCCUGGACACGGUUUCGGAGCCGAGUCCCAGAACGGAUAGGUCGGUCGUUGGGGAGUUGUCGAGCUCGAGGAAUAAGACGGCUGGUGUAGGGGAGAAUGGUGCAGGAGGAACAUCAGGAAAUAUUUCUAAUCAGGACAAGAACCUGUUGAACUUCGAAACGCACUCGAAAAUCACAGAGGAGGAGACUGCGACAACGAUCACGGAGGAGGUCGCCGUGCCGGCGAACAUGCCCCAUUUGUACUUGAAUUUCGCGGAGGCGAAGAAGCGCGGGCCGGGGAACAACAGUCCGCGCCUCAGCAAAUCGCAGAUUCGGGCGAGCCGCGCGGGCUCGAAGGCGAAGAGCACGGCGAGCGGGGAGGGAAUGAAUGCGCAGGAAAAGGAGCAAGAACAGUCGCUGUCUGGGACGGACGCGGUGCUGAAAAGGAUGUCGGAACAGAUGGAGAGGGAAAAGCAGGAAAAUAACGCCGUCGUUGUUGGUACACCGCCAGACCAAACAGGCACAGUAGACGAGAAAACCAAUCUUAAGCCAGAGGCAGAACAAGUAGAUGAUCCAGCGGACCUCCAGCCCGGCAAUUCGCCCCGCGACCCGAGUAAAGAAGUUCCGUUGGAGCUCAACCUCGACACCCCAGCACAAACCUCCAACCCGGCGCACUCGACCACGACGGAACUCCAACUGGCGAAGUCGCAAAACCGCCGCCCCACGCCGCUCCGCUCCCCGCUGGGGCAGUUCGCACCGGGGGAUAGACUGGUGAUCCACUCGCUGGAGUCGAACCCGGAGUACAACGGAAAUUUCGUGAAAGUCCUCUCUGUUCAGUCCGCCGACAUGAUCGAAGUUGUGGUGCCGACGCAGGGCAAUGAGCGGCUGUUCAUCCCACCCGCGAACCUCGCUCCGUUACAGGACCCGAAGGCGAUGUUCCCCGCCUUAACGCCCUCCGCGCACGGGUCGUUGAGCCCCGUGAGCCGGCACGUGUCCAGCCCGACGAUGCGGGGAUUUGGGUCCGCGCUUGACAACAAACUGUUCGCCAUGAACCCGGAUAGUGAGGACGACGAUGACGAUUUCUUCCUGGAGGAGUCGGAUUCGGAUAUAGACAUUCCAGAGCAAUUACUCACCGAGGCGAUCAAUCGGGAUAGAUUGUACGCGGAGCGAUUCGACGAGAACGGGGAGGAGGUAAAGAAGGUUCCCGAUGGAAAUAUAAAUAAAGGGAUGAACAACCAGCAAAAUCAUCUGGAAAAGACGAUGGAGGAUUUUCUCCCGCCUAUCUACUGCCCCAUAGACAUCGAGAAGCUGGCACAGCAGCUGCCGACGAAUUUCGGUACACCCGUGCAUUUGGGACAGAGUAAGGGAAAGAAGAAGUCUCUCGGCUCGACCUUGUUGGAAGAGGGAGAGGAAGAUGAUAAUAAUAUCCAGGUCGUUGUAGCGCAGCCACCGGGCAUGCCGGUGAUUCCCAAGAAGAAACUACCCGAAACAGUACUAUCGCCGGAAGUGGAAAAGGAAAAAGAGGAGGAAAAGGUUCGAGAACAGAACGCAACAAGUAAAUCCAAGUACAACACUUCCGUGGCGCCGACAGCAAAUAACGAGGAAGACGACGACCCGGGAGUGUCGGAUCUCGACCUUUCCAACACCGCCUUAGACCCCGGGCUGGCGGAUAUCGACACCGGGAACUUGAUGCGGGAGCACUACCUCCGGAAGGGUUUGGAGGCAGUGUACGGAGAGAAUAACGUGCCGCGGGAGCUUAUCGCAAGAAAAAAGUGUUACAGUUACACAUUGUGUUGCAAGAGCGGCAACACAGACAACCUUUCUCAUGCAGGAAAUGCUUCGGAGCCUCGUUUCCUUCCUGUUUUCCCUUAUGAUCUUCGCAUUACAAGUUUUCUCUGCCAGGCAGAGAAAAUUUGUGAUGCCGAAACUCCAACAAGUGUGUAACUGUAACACUUUUUUCUCAUGAUAGAGCUGAUCCAGGCGAGUUUGAAUGACACGAGAAUGCAGCGCGGGAAGUUCUCUGUCCCCGGAGGAGCGAAGACGAACAUCGGGGGACACCAGACAGCUGCAGACAGCACCAUCCGGUCCGCGUCCACCGUGAACGAAAAUAAUGCCGAAUUGAAACAGACCGGGGCGUCGUUGCCGACGAACAGUAAGUCUAUGAACACCGCUUCUGGGCAGCAAGUCGCGCCGGAGGACUUCGGGUUACCGAGUCUGGCGAAGAUGCAGACCACGGAGCACGCGAAGCGGCCGGUGCCGUUUCCGUUGAACCUAGGGCAAGAGACCAAGCAGGAGACGAAGAAGAUGGACAUGAGCCAGGUGGUGGUUUUGUCGGACACGGUCGGGAACGGGCUAGUCGGCUUGCUCGGCGCGGUCAACGAGGAAAACGGGAAUUUGCAGCCAAAUUUGUCCUCAGCCACCUCUCCGGUGAACGAAGAAAACGAAAACUCCGAUCCGGACAUCGAAGACACGAUUUUGAAGCCGCUGUCCACCGAGGAAGUCGCGAAGAGGAAGGAACUCGCUUUGCAAACGAACAAAAACCUCUUCGCGCCCAUUGGGGGUGGGAAGGUCGGAACUGGCAAAACUUCGCCGCCGCAGCCGCCCAGUCCGCCGGACGAAAGCAAAGGAGUACAGCAGGAGCAAGCAACUAUGCCUGGGCCGAGACUCUCCUCCGGUCGCAUGGACGAGAGCCGGUCUUCGUCGAAAUCCGGGUCGCAGUCCUUCACGCCGCCCAAGGCCCCGGCCGGAAUCAGACCGCCGUCGUUGGGCGCGCAACAUGGAGCGACGUCUCGACCGGGCAGCGCGUCUAUGGACGAGCAAACCUCUUUUUCCACGCAGCAACAGAGAACUUCUACAGGAUCUUCCAAGCCGAGGUCCGUCCCCUUCGCGCUCGACAUGCACAACGUGAACGACCCGCGCGCGCAGUUCCUGGAGACCAUCGUGGGAUUGGUCGUUCGGCCGCCGAUCAAGGACAUGGGGUCGGAGGACCACCGGUUCCCGUCUUCCGUCAUCGACGAGACCAUCGAGGACAGCAGCAGCAAGAAGCGGCACUUCUACUCCGCCUUUAUCGACGGCUCCAUCACCCGGGAGAUCCCGAAGCAGUUCCGCGGCAAGAACUUCCAGUGGCACUUCUUGGCGGAGCUGCGGAACUCCUUUCUGAACAAAAACAUCGUCGUAAGAGAGAACGAAAAAGACACGAAGCCGGACGAGCCGGACCGGGACAAGGAGGAAACGUUCGCGACGCAGAAAAUUGUCGAGAAUCUGCAUGAAUUACUGGAAAAGGACAACACGAAGAUGGUCUGCUACAGCACGGACAUUUCCAAGCGGGAGAAGUACAAGGCGCUCGAGGAGGUGGAGAAGAUUUGCCAAACGUACAAAACGCUGAAAAACUCUUUGGCCAAGCACCGCGCGGACGAGCUGGCCGGGUACUUUGGCUACGACUGGCACCCGGAUAACAAGGCGAAUUUGUUACUCUACUCCGAGUACAUCGACGGGGGGACGGUCCAUGACCGAAUUCAGCUGAAAAGACUGGCGAACCGAAAGGAGAUCAUGCGGAACGAGCUCGCAUUUUCGAAGUUGACCAGCGACCAGCAAGCCAUGUACGGUUUGAGCGAGAAGGAAGCGCACUUUAUCCUGAUCCGGGUGCUGCGGGGCUUGGAGCAGCUGCACUACCUCGACAUUUGCCACGGUGCGCUGCGGGCGUCCAACGUCGGAAUCAAUCGGCGGAGUGGCCGCGUGCAGCUGUUGGACUGGGGGAUGUUUGAUCUGCGGAAGUACUGCAACGACGAGGGGAAAACCUGGAAGGCGAAAAAUUGUCGGUGGAUCGCGCCGGAGUGCCUGCCUGAUUUCGGGCCGGGAAGGGGAAGCAACUUCUCGAAGGGAAGCGACAUCUGGAGCUUGGGAUGCUUGGUAAAAAUGAUUUUUAAAUUUCCUGUUUGUUUCAGUUUUGGUCAUACUACGUGGCAUGAAAAACAUCACUCAGAUCUAUCGCCAUGCUGCGUGUAAUAGCAUCAAGACAUAAAGAUUUUGUGCUACACUUGUUCCACGCAUUUUUUUUUUACCAACAAGAAACUCACACAAACAGCUCCUUGAAAUGGUUUCGGGCACACCGCCUUACUCCGCCAUUCCGUCCAUUGCUCGGCUGAACGACUUCCAAAUUUUGUCCUGGCUCCAAGCUGGCAAGCACAUUCCCCCAGCGCCCGAGAAAAUGAACUCCGCUUCGCUCGAAUUCCGCGACUUCUGCCAGAUGUGCUUGAUUUGGGACCACGAACAACGGCCCGAUACGAAGUCGGAUUCCUUCCGAAAACAUCUGUACCGGAAGCCCGGGUUUCAGGUCGGCAACGAGGACGACAGCGCGGAAAUUUACGAGCAGGCGGGCGCGAGCGUGACCACCAGCAAAGAGGCGUCGGUGGGUGCGGACGCAAGAAUACAGGACAAGAAGUCGUACCACGAGAAGAAGCAGUUUGUGACGGUUUCCGGGUCGAAAUUACCGAUGGAUCCGCGGGAAUUCUUCGAACAACAGCAACGGAAAAUGAACGCACAGCGAGGUGGAGGGUCAGCAACCUCUGCAGCGGGAGGAGAUCAGCCGCACGGGCUUCCGCCCCCCAUGCCGCAGAGGAUAAGGCCGCCCCCGCCGGGGCGGCAGUUGGAUCCGGGCUAUCUGCGUCCGUCCAGCGUGCAUAACGUCAGAAAUAACCCAAGCAGGCAACUCCGGUCUACGAUGGUGCCAAAAGUCGUGGCCUAGAAGGCAAGGACUGGAGUUGUCACAGAUAAUAGACAGUUUCUAGUUUCUGACUGCGUUUAACGAAAAAUAUGCGCAUUUUGUUUCUGACUGCAUGAUGAAGUAAUUUCAC